UUGGGGCCGCACAUACCUAUAUAGCCCAUAUAAGGGAGUAACCCCCCCGGGGGUCUGAACUAGGACAACUAGGGAACUAAUUAGAAGGUAGGUCUGAAAACAGGGUAUUGAUUUAGUGUACGGUCAUAUAUAGGGUAGGAAAAAUCGCAGAUUUUGGUCAUAAACAGGGUAAAGGUUUUGGGAUGCGGAGCCGCACAACCCCAUAUAAUUUUUCUGGGAGUACCCACCCCGGACAAAUAAGGUGCUCGUCUGUCAACCAGGGGAUUAUGACACAUAAGAUUUCCUUACCCUGAGGAAGAUAAAAAAGACUGCUUCACUCCUUUUACAUUCCUUUUGAUUGGUCAGAGGCCAGGGUCGACCCUAUGGACGAGUUUGUCAUCUUCUAGAAUCCUAGAAGAGUACAGGAUCUCCGCCAUCGCCGCCAUCUUGAACGCUACAACCGAGAACCUUCCGGUCAAAGGGCCUGGGACCAGGGCUUUGUUCUCUCCCCAUGCCCUUGCUCUCCAACAAAAUCAAAAUGGCGACGGAGUCGGCGUCCGAAACUUGUGCAAGAAUCGUCUUCCGCAAUCGUCCAGGGGUGGAUAAAGUACCGACGGAAUCCAACUUCGCUCUAGAAAGAAUGGAAAUUCCACAAUGCAAAGAAGGAGAGAUCUUAGUUAAAACGUUGUAUUUGUCAGUAGAUCCGUACAUGAGAUGUCGAAUGAACGAGAACACGGGAGCAGCUUACCUUACUUCCUGGACUAUCGGCGAGCCGCCAGCUGGUGGUGGGGUGGGGAAGGUAGUGCGAAGUGAUAGUCAAAAGUUUAAAGUAGGAGAUAUAGUGGAGUCAUUCGCGUGGCCGUGGCAGGAAUUUGUGGUUUUCUCUGACGGCAACCCAAACCUAAGCAAGGAAAAGAGCCCAUUCCUUUGUACCAGCCCAUCUCUGUUACUGGGUAUAGUUGGUUUGACUGGAUUGACUUCCUAUUUUGGCAUCAAAGAAAGAGCACACAUUACAGCUGGUGCUGAUCAAACUGUUCUCAUCAGCGGGGCUGCUGGAGCUUGUGGGAUGGCUGCAGGGCAGAUUGCUAGGUUGGAGGGAUGUGGCACCAUUAUCGGCAUAUGUGGAUCAGAUGAAAAGUGCUGCUUCCUCACAAAGGAGAUGGGUUUUGAUGAUGCAAUAAACUACAAAACAACAAAGAACAUCAGUGAACAGAUAAGAAUGAAAUGCACAACUGUAAAUCAACAAGAUAAACUAAGUAUUAACCCUUGUUUAUUCCAGGUGAUUCGUUGCAUGAAUGAGGACAGCCAUGUUGUUUUAUGCGGGCAAAUCUCAGUCUACAACGAAGAUGUUCCUUAUCCUCCACCAAUCCCCCAGGACAUUCAAUGCAUACUGAAAGACAGAAAUAUAACACGUGAUCGUUAUCAGGUAAUAAGUUACAUGGAAAAGUUCCCGGAUGGAAAGAAACAACUAGAAACCUGGGUACGAGAGGGAAGGCUAAAAAAUCGCGAGACAAUCGUGGAGGGCCUUGAAAAUACUGGUAGAGCAUUUGUUGAUAUGAUGAGUGGUGGAAAUAUUGGAAAGCAAGUUGUGAAAGUGGCGGAAGUAACGGGUUCAAAAUGAAAAGCCACUCACUGUAAACUGCAAUCACAGUAAGAUAUUACUCUUAGUUGCAGAAGACCAGAAGACGCCGGAAAAACUAAGAUUGCUUUUAUACUGUGGAACCUCGAUGGUUACGGCUCGUUCAGCCCUCAAGUUGAUUGGCCCCUAGCCAGGUAGCCCCCAACCAAAAAUCUAUUAGCCCUCAUUAACGCUUAAAGAACGAGAAAUAGACAGUGUUUUUUACUUCUGGUUGGGUGCUAACCGGUUAGGAGCUAAUCGACUUGGGGGCCGGUAAACGACCGGAUACCACCUCGAUAUAACGAAAGGACAAGGGACUGAAAAAAUCUGUUCGUCAUAGCGAGGUUACCUUAAAUCGGGUGUCUUUUCCAUAUACUGUACUGUUACUAGGACGAAGAAUAACGUUCGUUAUAUCGAGGACUUCUGACUUCGUUAUAUAGGGGUUCGUUAUAUCGAGGACUUCGUUAUAUAGGGGUUAGUUAGAUCGAGGUUCCACUGUACUGGAGGUACAUCACUUGAACGUCCGGCAGUUUUACACAAAUAAAAUAAAGCAGAUAUCGAGGUUUACAUGUAAUAAUGCCCACGUUCUGAGUAAUAGAAAUAGUCUUCAAGUGGAAAUACUAGAUGCCAAUAUUCUGGGUUGUAAAUUACGUAGUUCUACUGAUCAAAACAGUGGCCCUUAAAUCUGCACUAAUGUGUUGCAUUUUCCGUUUUAUGUGCAUGACAUUUCAAUUAAUUUUAAGUAAUAUUACUCAGGGAUGAUGAAAUGAGUUUUCCAUUGAUAGAAGUUGAAUGGGGUCAGUUAUUUCAGCUGAAUACAACGUUACUAAGAAAUAAUCCAAGUCGUAAAAUAUCCGCGCGUGUGUUGCUAAGCUAUUUAAAAACUUGUUACUUACAUGAGCCAGCAAAAUCGAUUAAAAUUCAAAUUAAAACCCGGUUGUGUACAUAAAUUACUAAUCUUAGCGGAGUUUGGAAGCGUAUUUUCCUGCCAACAAAAUAUCAGCAAAGAUUUAAUCAUCCAACGAGGUUUAAACUGCUUGUUUUUACACUGCAAGCCGUGACAAAGAACAACACCAAAUAGAGCUGAGUAGAUUGCGUCAGUUAUUGCAAAAAGAGCAGCAUUGUAACAAGAUUGAUAUAUUUUUAAGUCCCGAUUACAAUCGAAGAUGCAAUCAGCCGAAGUUACGGACAAAAAUAGGGCCUCGACAGCGAGACUGGCAA